CCUUACUUUUGCUGAGGCUGGCUUUGAACUCAUGAUCCUCCUGCCUCAGCCUCCUGAACUGCUGGGAUUACAGGUGUGCGCCGCGGCGCCCAGCUCACUUUCAGAGCUUUUGCUAUGCCUCCAUGAAUUUACGUUUUCAGGCUGGGGAUGUAGCUCAGUGGUAGAGCACUUGCCUAGCAUGCAUGAGACCCUGGCAUGGGGGAAAAAUAUCACUCUUUUCUUCCUGAUUGCAGUGCUGCAGUGUUAUUUUACCUGCUGGCCACCCCACCCCUAGUUGGCAUGUUAAACUCGCCUUACUGUAACAAAACUGACCCUUUUGCUGUCCACACCUCUCCCUACAUCUGUGGCUGUUGAUGCUGGGACAUGUUGCCCCUAUUUCUCUCAGGGGUCUAGGUUCUUAGUUUAAAUGUGGAGGUGGUGAGAGGUGAUUAGAAGAUAAAAAGUCACCUUGCGCCAUGUGCUCAACCCAGUUCAUCUGUAAAAUGGAAAUACUAAGAACAACUUCAUGGCCUGUGGGGACUAAAAGACCAAAUGCUCAGAAGCACCAAUGCCAAGUCUGUCCCAUCAGAAGACUGAAAAUUUUGGCCAUCAUUAUCAGAGAGGCUUUUGGGAGUUUCCUAAUUCAUACUUGUGUCCUGUUUAUUUUCCCUCCAGUCCAUCCUGCAUAGUGAUCAAACCUCUCUUCCCUGCGGAGGAUCCUUCCUGGGCUCCCUUCGAUAAACCUGGUGCUCACUUUCAGUGCUGUUUACUCUCUAGCCCACCGUGGUUUUUGUGCUCUGGUUUGCACCUGCCUGUGUGUGGUAGACAUACAAAGGCAUGGGCUUUCUGGAGGUGUGUUUAGGAAGAGUGGGCUCUGUGAUCCUCCCAACUGAAACUAAAGGACAGCCUUGAGUUUCUCUGCUGAGGAAACAAGGCCUGCCAAGCCAGGGCCCCCAUUGGACAGGACAGGAAAGAAAACACCCUGUCCAAACAGAGGCAUCCUGAGAGGGGCUGCCUGAUAGCUGUUCCAACAGAUGCCAAAAUUCCUAAGGGAGGUCCCCUGCUCUGUUGAGGACCAGUCAGAAGCCUGGUGGCCCUCGCUGCAGGCAGUACCCCAUCCUGUCUCUCCAGCCCCCCUCCCCUGGAUCACUCAUUCAAGCCCCACCUACUAGGGGCAGCAACUACCUUGUGCCUGACUCUGACAACCUGGCUGGCCACCAUGGUCAAACUUAGGGACAGGAGGAUGUCAGAAUCCCUUGCUUUCUAUGGGGAGUAGGUACAAAACUCUAGUUCCUCCCUCUUCCAAAGGGGGAGGCAGCCCCAUCGCCCACCCACAGAGUGCUAGAGAGGCUUGCCCUGCUUAGUCCUACUGUUUUUGGUAAACUAGGGUGUUCUAAUGGGAUCCGCCUUCCCCUUCCACCUCCUCAUCUCGUCCCCCAAGAUGUGAUAGCCUGCACUCCACAACGCAGCAGCUUCUGUUCGGGGUGGUCUCUGCACGUCUGGAGACAAGCACGCAUCUGCCACAACAACUCCCUUGGGGCCCACCCAGCCUUGGGAGGGAAAGGAGGGUGUGUUCCUUUAAGGGGCUGGCCCGGCAGGAGCACGGAGGUUUGUCGGCUGCCGCUUCCUUUCAGGCCAUUCAAGGUCCCUAAAUCCGUCGGUUGCUUGGGACUGAGACCGCCAGCGGCCCGGAGCGCUCGGGCCGUCGAAGAGCGGGCUGGGGACGGGUUCCCUCCCCUUCUGGUUCCUGUGCACGGGCAUUCACAAGACCACAUACUUGUAAUCAUAGCCAGAUGGCAAUGUGUCCCCAUAUUUGUCCUCACCCCACAGCAUCGUGACUGUCUGCGCAUGACUGCUUGCCUUCUCCCUGGACUGAGCUCCUCCAGUCUUUUAAUUGUUGAGAACGCUCAUUAAAGGCAAGGGGCCCCAGCCUGGCCCAGGAUGCCCCGGAUCAGCUGCUGCUGUGGGUGCUGUACCACAAUGGGCCAGCGGGUCCUGGUCCUGCUGUUCCUGCUGCCUUGUGUUUCUGGAAUGCCCUUCUAUAAUGGCUUCUACUAUUCCAACAGCCCCAGUGGCAGGAACCCAGGCAAUGGCUAUGGCGAAGGCCUUUUCAAUGGAGUGAAGUUGGUAGUAGAGACGCCUGAGGAGACCCUGUUCACCCACCGAGGGGCUACUGUGACCCUGCCCUGCCACUACCACUAUGAGCCAGCGCUGGCCACCCCAAGGCCAGUGCGCAUCAAAUGGUGGAAGCUGUCAGAGAAUGGGGCCCCGGAGCAGGAUGUGCUGGUGGUUAUAGGGAAGAGGCACCGCUCCUUUGGGGACUACCAAGGCCGCGUGAACCUGCGGCAGGACAAGGAGCGUGAGGUCUCACUGGAGCUCUGGGACCUGCGAUUGGAAGACUAUGGGCGCUACCGCUGUGAGGUCAUUGAUGGGCUGGAGGAUGAGAGUGGCCUGGUGGAGCUGGAGCUGCGGGGUGUGGUCUUUCCCUACCAACCCCCAAAAGGGCGCUACCAGCUCAACUUCCCUGAGGCCCAGCAGGCCUGUGAGGAGCAGGAUGCAGCCGUGGCCUCCUUUGAACAGCUCUUCCGGGCCUGGGAGGAAGGCCUGGACUGGUGCAACGCAGGCUGGCUGCAGGAUGCCACCGUGCAGUACCCCAUCACGCUGCCGCGGCAGCCCUGCGGGGGCCUGGGUCUGGCACCUGGUGUGCGCAGCUAUGGUCCACGCCACCACCGCCUGCACCGCUAUGAUGUUUUCUGCUUCACUGCUGCCCUCAAGGGGCGGGUGUACUACUUGGAACACCCUGAGAAGCUGACGCUGAAGGAGGCCAGGGAGGCCUGCCAGGAAGAUGGUGCCCAGAUUGCCAAGGUGGGCCAACUCUUUGCUGCCUGGAAGUUCCGUGGCCUGGACCGCUGCGAUGCUGGCUGGCUGGCAGAUGGCAGCGUCCGCUACCCUGUGGCUCACCCCCGUCCCAACUGCGGGCCCCCAGAGCCUGGAGUCCGGAGCUUUGGCUUCCCAGACCCUCAGAGCCGCUUGUAUGGUGUCUACUGCUACCGUCCACGCUAGGAUCCCGGCAGCCAGCUUGUACCCAAUCCUGCCUCCUUCCCCAGGGGCUGUGUAUUUAUUGAGCGGUUUGUUUCUCCUAGUGGGUUGGGGCCAUUUUAGUAUUGUUUUUAUACUUCUCAACUUAAAAAAAAUUUAAAGUAUCAUUAUUUUUUAAAAAUCCAACAGCAUCCAACUACCAGCUGCCUUGGACACCCCGAGGCUCUCCCCAUCUGGGACAUUUGAGGUUUGUGGGCUUUUAGAGGGCUCUCUGCUAUCACUGUGUCCAGCCCGUGCCCUUCCUCAGAGGAGGAUGAUGCCCAGAGUGGGCAGUGACCUCACCAGAGUGCCACAAGGGCUCAAGGCAUGGUGGCUGCAGAUCUCCCUCUGCCUCAGUUUAGGGGAGGAAGAGGACCUGGGAGGGGAGUCCUUAUUAUUUCUGGAGUGGAUUCCUAGGCUUCUUGAUGAGAUCUGAGGGAAGGGAGAAGUUCGCCCCUUCUCAUCUCCAGUCCUUUUCCUUCUCACAUUUCCCUAUUUGGAGAACUGCCUUCAGGUGUGUGUAGCUUUUUUGAACAAUAAAUGGUGCUGUGACUCCUUCCUUUGUCCCCAACCUGCCUCUGUGCCUGGCUCUCUGUCUCAUCUAGUCUCAGGGCUCAGUUCCCAGCCUGUGGAUAUGGUGGGUUCAGUUCUGUCCCAUGCUUCACAGGCGGCUGGGUCAGUGCACCUGGGGUGGGCAGAGAACUCUGUGCUGCCCCAAGGCAUGCUUUGCCUCUGGUGCUGGUCUAGCCGCUGGCACCCUGGCUUGCGUCCCCACCAUUCCCAGCCCCUGGUGGUGUGUGUGUGUGUGUGUGUGUGUGUGUGUGUGUGUGUGUGUGGAGAGAGGAAGGUGCUUCUCAGGAGGCUGUGUCCUCUAGAGGGCCUCAGAGGCCAGGCUCUCAAGCCUGAUCCUCUACCCCUCACGCCUCAGGAAGCCACUCGUGUUGCCUGGCACAGGCAUGCCCUGCCACUCACCACUCAGUUAUUCAAUUGACUUUUCACCAGCCCAGUGCGUCUCAAAGUGUGGCCAGUGGCAGCAGCAGCACUUAGAGUUCAUUAGAAAUGCAAAUUCCUGGGCCUUACCUCAGACCUACUGAGUUAGAAACUCUGGAGAGGGGCCCAGCCUCCUUGGUAUCACAAACCCUCCAGGGGAUUCUAAAAGCCACUAGCUAGAUGGUUGUUCCACCAAUUACAGAUAGUCUCUGACUUAAGAUAUUUGACUUAUUAUUAUAUUUUUGGCACUAGAGGUUGAACUCAGGGGUGCUUUAACACUAACCUACAUCCUCAGUCCUUCUUAUUUUUUAUUUUGAGACAAGAUCUUUUUAAGUUGCCCAGGUUGGCCUCGAACUUAUGAUACUUCUGUCUCAGUCCCCCCAAAUUGCUAGGAUUUUAGGUGCAUGCUACUGUGCCCAACUGACUUGUGAUUUUUUGGGGGAUUGAACUCAGGGGCAUUUGACAACUGAGCCAUACCUCCAGCCCUAUUUUGUAUUUUAUUUAGGGACAGGGUUCCAAUGAGUUGCUUAGCACCUUGCUUUCGCUGAGGCUGGCUUUGAACUCCUGAUCCUCCUGACUCAGCCUCCCGAGCCACUGGGAUUACAGAUGUGCACCAUUGUGAUUUUUUGAACUUACAAUGUUGUAUUUGUCAACUUCACCUUACUAUAACAAAACACCAGAGAUAAAUAACUUGUGAAGAGAAAAGGUCUAUGUCUUUGGAGGUUCUACUUUAAGAUUGAGUGACCACUUCUGGACUUCUGGUAAGGUAGCACAUCAGGACAGAUGUGUAUGGCAAAGAAACAGGCUCAUCUCAUCAACCAGGAAGCAAAGAAAAAAGACUAAGAGUGUGGUGUCCCACAAUACCCAUUCAAGGACCUGUCCCCACUGACUGAAGGACCUCCCAGAAGGACUCACCUCCUAAAUGUCCACCAGCACCUCUCAAUAACACCAUCCUGGGAACACAUGGCCCUUUGGGGAAUGUUCAACAUCCAGACUGUAGCAGAUGGCAUGAAAGCAAUGAACAUUCAGCAG